AUGGACGUUGGUCAUCCCGACAGUAUAGAAAGUACUGCUAUUGCCGUUGAACAAGAUAACAAUGAAAAUAGAAUAUACACAGAGAAUGAAUUAAAGAGUAAACUUAAAAAAGAUUUACUUGUCAUUUGUCAACCACUAGAGAUAAGAUCAAUGACAAGCCAAACAAAGAUACAAUCAUCAAUCGAAUCAUAA